GGGAGCUGCGACGUCAUGGUGGCGGGUUCUAAACGGUGCUGCCACUGUAAAGCCGCCGUGUGCCCCUUCCAGCCCUUGCGGGUGGAGGUAGCGCUGCUCGCUGCCCUGCGUCCGCACCCCUUCGUCUUCGCAUACAGUCUUAUCCCGCCCCUGCUCGCCGAGAACAACCUCCUGCGCUUCCCCGCCCCUGAGGCCCGGACCGGUGGCGUUCCACCGCCUCGGUGGGACGAUGCUGGAGUCCAUUCGCGUGACGGAAAAACUUCACUGGCCUGAGCAAGAACUUGCUAAGAAGUCUAUUCUAAAUGCGGAAGAUCCAUUGAUCAUUGACAGCAAAAGAAGCCUUUCACAUUUACCUUCUGGAAUUCUAAAGGACAUUUUCACAACUGGAACAAGUAGUUACAAUGUCCUACUACAAAGCAAGGAGGAGAGAAAGCAUCAUUCACAGAAACAGUCUUCUUCCACCUACUCCAAAAGAUGUAGAAAACCCAGCAAAUCUAGCUCCCCUCAUAGUAAAGAGCCUUGCAGGACGAAAACCCCGGUGCCUGUGGCAAGCAGUGGUACUUGGUACUGCCUGGACAAGCAGCCUGCUGUUUUUGUCACUAGGUCAGUGUCAAGUCCUGUAAGGUUUACACAUGAUAUCUCUGUUACAGGGAACAGCAUAGUACUGCCACCUAAACCAAAAAGCAAGGUCAAGCGACGCCAUUUUUCCACUCUUCCAAAGCCAAAGCAGCAGCCUCAGUUCUCCAGAAGCUUUGAAAAAGCAGAUGACUUUUCUGGAAAGAAAUUUUGCAUAUUGACUGCUAUAAAGCCUACCAACUUAGAGAAAGAGAAACUGAGAUUCUUCAAGUCUGACUAUACCUACAAUCCUCAGUUUGAGUAUGCUAAUCCUGUUCUGCCAAGUGUGUUAGCCAAGCACAGCAACGCAUCUAAUCGAUUUCUUAAGCAGUCCAUCAAUAUUAUGGAACUAACUUUACAGAAAUAUGGAAGUUAUGAAAAAUUUGAACAAGCCACUGGUGGUAGUUUAUUAUCUAAACCUCGAAUCUGGAAUCAUGUUAGGAAGUACAUGAUGAAGGAAGGCUGCCUGGGAGAGAUUGUAGUUCAUCUCACUGAGGACCUACUUUCCCGUGCUUCAAUGACAGUAGUAAAUGGAUGUCCAACACUGACCAUCAACGUUUCUACUGCACGUGAGCAUUGGCUGGAGGGAAUGCUGAGGCACGAAAUAGGCACACAUUAUUUUCGAGGUAUUAAUAACCUGCAGCAACCAUGGAACAAUUGGACUGGCCGUAAAAAACAUGAACUAAAGCCAAACAAUCCUACAGAGGAAGGACUGGCAAGUAUUCACAGUGUCCUGUUCAGAAAAGACCCCUUUUUAUGGAGGGCUGCCCUCCUCUACUAUACUGUUUAUCAAGCCAGCCAAAUGUCUUUUUGUCAACUCUUCAAAGAUAUUGGCAAAUUUGUCAAGGACCCUAAUACAAGAUGGGAUUAUUGUGUACGAGCCAAGAGAGGGUGGACUGAUACUUCCCAACCAGGGUGUUUCAGUAAAGACCAGGUAUACUUAGAUGGAAUUCUUCAAAUCCUCCGAUACAGAGACUCCAUAGACUUUCAUCUACUUACUGCCCUGGGGAAGGUUUCUUAUGAAGAUGUGGAUCGUUUAAAAGGAUUGGCAGUUACUGAAAACAUGAGGGUCCCUCACUUCAUGCAGGACCAUGACCGGUAUAAGGAACACUUAGAGAAGAUCAUGGAAGUGAAUGAACUGACUGACAGAGAACUGAAAGACCUCAUAUAGUAAUUAGCAUUCUUGCAAACAUAGUUCAGCUAUACCUCCAUGUAUAUUACCAAUUAGGUGCAGUUAGCACCAACAGAUUUAUAAAAGAAGUAUGAGUGUUUACUUGAGUUUUCUGAAGAAUGGUCUUCAGAAUUUGGCUGAAUUUUUAGGUUAAGUAUGAACCUUAAAGUAUUUCCCUGAAAUGCUUCUAUAGGUUGCAGAGGGAAGUUAACUCCGGUUUUCAUCUGAAUCUCAACAAAGUCAAAUGAAAAUACUACAGCUCAGUGUUUUGGGAGACUGUUGGUUGAAUCAAGUAAUAAACUUCACCUGAGCAGAGGCUAGCGCCAACUGGAGAUAGGUGAAUUCUAGGCAGUGUCAUGCUAACUCCAAGGUCAUAUUACUCUCCUUUGAAAAUUAGUUUUGUGACACUGUAGAAAGCUAGCCAUAUCUGAGAUUUCUUAUUUCUCCUAUAUGUUAAGUAAUGUUAAUGGAGGGAAGAAAACAACUUGAAAAGUUUUCUUUAAGUUCUUUAUUUUAUUUAUUUCAUGCAUUAUUAUUUCAUUUUCUCAGCUUAUAAGAACUAAAUUGAGUCUUUUUUGGUGGUGGUGAUUGGAGUGGGACCAAGGACCUCACACAUGCUCAACACACAUAAGCUUUGCCACGGAGCUACACCUCCAUGUUUCCCCACACUAAGAAUUGCCUCUUUUUAUCUAGCUAUGUCUUAUAACUGGACUCUUCAUUUGCUGAAACAUUGUGCCCCUUUAAAUUUUUAGCAAAGUUUUAAGGUCUUUCCCACUGCAUAAUUUUAUAUAAAUAAUCAAUAAAAGUUCUAGAGAUGUUUGUCUAUACAAGUCAAAAUAGUUGGAGAAGGGGAAAGCCACUCACCUUUUUUGGAAUAUGUAACAAGGAAGAGACAGAUUGAGCUAUUUGUAAACUUGACCAUGCUGUGAAAAAUGAAAUUUCUAGGCAUUCCCAUCUGGUGAAACAGACUUGUGAUGUUGGCUCAAUAUAAAAAUCUUAUCAGAAUCAAUAUCAAAUGUCAAAUUAAUAUCAAUCAAUAUUAAAAUCUUUUAUUUCAUCAACCAGUGACAUAAUUUGAAUUUAAAAAUGUGAGUUCUGUUUUGCUAUAUUUGUCCUGCUAUUGGCUUAUAUACCUAGCUUUGUAAUUGAUCAGUUUUAGUAUAUAUUUGCAUAUAUAUAUACUUGAAAUCAAAUGGUUCUUUAUCAACUUAUUGUAAUGAACAGAAAUAUUGCUGCCAUAAAUCAAGAUUGCUACUGUGAUUUCUACCAAAAGCUAUCUGAGAGAUUAUUUUUACCUCAGUGAAGGCUAAAAUAUGGUGCUAAUAGUAGUAGAUAUAUACUACAAAGCCUGGUCCACCUUCAUGCUGGAAAAUGAUCUUAGGAAAUGUUUUGCAGGCUAGGUUUUGUGAUUUUUCUUUUCCACAUAUCUACAAGGGCUUGUCUGAAAGAAGAAUGUCAUGCAAACAGGAUAUACUCUAGCUGGUUCCUGGGGCUUCUUGCAAAGCCAUGCAUUUCACCUUUGGCAGUAGAGGGCCAGGCCCUUUAGAGCAUUGAAAACCCACCCCCGCCUCCAGCCUCAUGCUGUGCUGGCUGCCAUGUAUUCUGCACAUCCGCUUACCAGACUGGCAGUACUGGCAGCAAAGUGGGCCAACUCCCACUUUCCAGACACUGGAAAUUUACUCUUAACACCUCAAGCGUGUGUCUCCUUGUUAACAGUCAUGUACUUUCAGCUUUGUGUAGUGUUUUCUGACUUCAUCAGAAAAUGUAUUGAAGGUGUUUGUGAAAACAUUAUAAGUAUAGACAGAAAUGGCAAUAUUUAUGUCCUACGAUUUAAGGCCAAAUGCUUGUAAAUUCAACAUUGCAGGCACUGCUAAUCUUAUGGUUUAAAUAUAAAGGAAACCAUAGCAGCCUUAAUUUCCCAUUGGCAGAUAAUGUGUAGUGGUUCUAGUCCCUGGAUUUUAAAGAGGGUGGUAGUCUCUCUUUGAUUUAGAAAGGAACUGCUAUCUUGCCUUACUGCUUUGAAAUAAAAGAUGAAAACAUGAACAUUCUAUAGACAAAAAAUGACCUUAAAUCACAGUUAUUAAAAAAGUUUUAAGUUGGCAGUAAACCAAAAGUAGUUUCAGAUUAGCAGAGAUCCUUGAAGAACAAGAUUAAAUAAAUGCUUAUUAAUUCACUUUCUUGAAGUAGAGGUAAAGUCAUUUCUGUUCCCUAAAAUAAAAAUUUUACUCAACAGAAAAUUAUAGCAACAGUACUUGGUUGAAGAUUGUAUUUUAAUUGUUACAGUUAUUUCUAUAGGCUAUUGAUAAUUAAGAUUUCAUCAGUUUUGUCUACUAUAAUUCUAGCAUAUAGUUGACUCAAAUACAAAUUUUGAUAAACUGUUACAUUUUAACACCAAUUAGAUUCAAAGUAAAAUUAAUGUUUGCAAACAAAUCCAUAGUUCUCAUUUCUUUAUAUUUUCAAUUUUAUAAAAGUGCUUAAAAUUUGUAUUGUUUGUUUUGUAUAUCUUUGGGCAUUUUGUGUCUAUAAUUAAAAGAGAUAGCACUGAAGUCCUCAAAUGAAGUAUAUGGAUAUGUAUGCAUGUAAACUGUUCCUUGAAAGCCUAAUUAUAUUUUUUAUUG